UGGCGUAGGACAUGACCUCCAACAAGCCUCAACUUCUCGUUUCAUGCUGUUGCUCUCUCGGUGCGACUCGUUCGUACAGAUGUCUUAGACCUAAGGUUUAAGAGGUGGAAUGAAGGUCGAUAUAUUCGUGGCAGCAUCUGAUUUGAUCUAUGCUCAUGGACGAGGAGCAGCCACGGACAAGUAAUCGGUCGGGGCGAGUGACUUCUUAUGCCUCAUGGAGCAAAGUUCUCGAAUUUGAACGUCACUUCACAUUGCAGGUCUGUUUCUGCCAAAGUCUAUGUCGAUCAUGCCAGCUCAUGUUCCUGGGCUCGGGAGUUCUGUUCCUCCCGACCGAGGAAGGGAAACAUGUGUGCGAAGGCUGUUGUUUGGAGCUGGUCAGAGCGCAGGAGACGAGUUCGAGAGGCUCUAGAGGGACCUCGGAACGAUGUGCAAGAAGAUCAGCUACAAAUUUGAUGCGGAGGCUGCCUUCACGAUCCUCAGUCUCGCUCUUCUGGUUGACCAUCGCUCUCAGGUGCCUCUGUGUGAUUGUGUUGCCACAGGUUGAAGGAAGAGAGCUGCUUGGACUCAGCUCAAGAUUCCAGUGGAACAACAACAACUGCUCUGCGUUGGAGUCCAUUUGCCGACUAAUGUGGUUCACAAAUUCUUACAAAUUCGUUGCCAUUGUUUCUCGUGCGUGCCGGUGGCCCUGGCCCUGGCCCUCACGACUCCUGGGAUUCGUGAACGUGAACAAGAAGAAUGGAUUUUGUUACCAGAGUGGCUGUCGGUCGGUACUUGUGAAGUCGAAAGCAAAUGAAGCGAAUGAUCUUUGAUUCUCGAAUGCUAGCUUGUAAGAAUGGAUCUUCGUAAGCCCACAGAAGUAGAGCUUUCUGAGAUGGGAGCAAGUAGUGAGAGUUGAGGAUUGUAUGGCGUAUUUGGAGGUUGAGGAAGGAGGCCAUGGCAGGUUAGAUACUUUUCCUAUCCAUGGUCCACACUAUCAUCGGUGAGGUUUCUGCUUGUCAAGGAGCUUGACCCCUGCUCGUCUUGCCUACCGAGCUCUUUCCUGUAAAUAGAUCUGCAUGUGUCGUUCGGAUUCUAGCGUCUGCGAAUCGUAAAAUUUAAGCCCUGAAUGCAGUAGGUUCUGCGCCGAAUCAUUAUGCAUCUUCACUUCAAGGCCAUGGCAGAGUCCGAGUAGGUCUCAAAUUUCAGAUUUUUUACAGAAACUUCCUGCUUCAGUACCGCUUCAGGGCAGGAACUCGGGAGAGGAAUCUGGUCGACUUUUUGUUCCCCGACCAAAAUGCACGAAGUUAGUUAGCGAAUCCCAGCAGCUUGUGAGAAAUGCAAACCGGUUGAAUAGAUCGUCUUCCUGCCGCAUUCUCCGAGGCAAACGAGAACUGAUGACCGUAGCCAGACUAGAUUCUGAGCGAUUCCGACGUGCAUUACGUAUGGAUCAGCGAUGCCGCAGCAAUCGUUCAAACGCCUCUCUCUCGAAGCACAAGGACAUUCUCUGGAGUAGGAACGCCUUGCACAUGAACAUUGCAACACAUGGGUGAGGAGACAUGGCUGGCUUCUCGAAUAGAACUACGCCUUGACAGCGACGAUCUGGAGACGGCUACAUUUGAGGCAUCGGGAGGGCCUUGGAGACGACACAUUGGAAUGCUAUUGCUUUUCGAGGAAAUGUCUCGGAACCCGCCAGGCCCUCCUUGGGAUUCCGGAGAAAGCAUGCACAUGUUGCUUACCGGAAAGACCGAAGAUUGGAUAUGGCACUGACUUCGUUCGGUCGCCACUUGACUUGGCUUCAGAUCUCGGACUCUGCAAACAGAGCAGCAGCAGUGGAAAUCUGGAGCAGCCUCUGCUGACAAUCACCUGCCUUCCUUACAGACUCUCUCUCUCUCACACUCGCACCAGGCAAUGGCAGAGGCCAUCCCCCGCCCUUCACGCCCGUAGCAUCAGUCGCGAUUUGUGGCCGCCAUGGAUUGACGGUGAAAGGUCGUGUCGGCGCCGCCUGUGACAGGCAUGAAGUCAUCGUCGCGUUCUGCAGCAUCGCCGAAAGCUCGAUGGCAUGAGCCCGUGCUGGAUUCGCAUGAUGACCAGUCGCCAUGCGCUUCGUGAGUUGUUUGUCCCCGACACAACAUCGGCCAUGGAGAGAGCAAUUUCUCAGGACGUUGACCAGAAGCACGGACUCAUAGACGACGACGAGGAGUGUAGCGCAUUGGCAUCAGACCAGCAGCAGCAGCAGCAGCAAUGAUGUGCAUUGCUUAGACCUGACGACCGCUUUAUAUCGUGAUUGACUUGAUGCCGAUUGAUAAUUGAAACCCAUAAUUUCUAAUCAUCGUGUUUGGCCUUGGAAUGAAUUCGCCGGUGGAAUAUCUCGGGGGAGAAAACAUGAGCUUGAGGUACGAGGAGGUGCAGAUGGCCGUGGACCUUGUGACCUGUUCGUCUGGGUCCACGAGCUUUCGAGGAGGAGGAGGAGGGGUUGUCGAAGGACGAGAGGCCCAUCAUCAGCGAUCGGCUCACAGCCUGCCAGUGCUAGUUUCAGAUGUCGGUGAUGGCCGUCACUCACGCACUGAUGAGUUCAGAUUAUUAUGAGAAGUGUAAUUCGUCACUCUUGCUGCGUUUGCCAUUGAUGCUUUGCGCACGCAGUG